GUGACCAAGAUGUUCGCCUCAGUGAUAAAGUGCACUUCACUUAAAACACUUCGUGUCUUCUGUCUCGGAAGAUAAAUCAAUGUUCUUCUUCUGUUUAUUGUUGCUAACAAGGCAUCGAGUGUCAAAAUGUGAAGAAAACAACUUAACGGAGCAUUAGACAGUGGUUUUAAUUACACUGUAAAAGAAUGAGUAUAUCUCUUUCCUUAACUGAAUUGCUAAUAGCAUUUCAAAAGUACAGACCGAAAAAUAAAGUGAAAUCAGUCGCUGUAAGAAUUAAAAUAUUUCGACAUUUCUGCGUUCAGAAUUGUUGAAAAAUUUUUGUUUACCUUUAGUUUUUUAAAGACUAAGUGUUAUUGAAGAUAAAUUUCACAUGAAUGUUAGUUUUACGCAAUGGCUAUAGAUGCAUCAGUAAAAAAAUGAAAACUAAAAUAGCAUAGAAUAGCGAAUUUCGUUUUUUUUCCCUUCUGAUAUUGUUCAUUUUCUUUGUUUUUUUUUUUAAAUCUGAAAGUAUAAUGAAAGGGUUUACAAGAGAAAUCAAUAGUUUGAAAUUCAGAUUAUAAAAAUUGUCUUACAAAGAUUGAGUAUGUGACUUACUAGCCUCCAGUCUUAAACAAAACUUCGCUUUUUAUUCUUCUACUCUAACCUCUAAAAUUCAGCUGAGAUCUCAUUUAGAUUAAUUGGCUGCUUGUUUUGUCUAUGUAAGUGAUUUAGAGAAAUUAUCCUCGUCUUGGUAAGGCUUUUUAAGUGAGACCUUACUUCUGUAUUAGACCAUUUUUAAAAUACUUCUAAAGAUAAUUGGAAUUUACUCCGCCUGACCAUUUUCUGAGAUAAACAACUAUUUCAGAAUAUUAAGAAAUGAUUACAAUAUAUCUGCAACAAUCACUGUUUUAUUCAUGAAACAUAAACUUCACUUGAUGGAAAUGCAUCGUUUUGUUCCUGCAACUCUGAAACAUAUAUAUUUCAGAUCAACUUCCUUACAUACAUCUUAUUACUAAACUGUCGCUCAUUUAUUUUAAAGUUUUGACAGAGACAUGCUGGAAUUUAAUCCACCAACGACAUCGACUAGUGCUAGCUCGAUGCUUUCCAUGCUGAAUUUGAACAUGGAAGCAGUAUCUCGUCAAAAUUUCUUAUUAGGAGCUAGUCCUCCUCUGGCUGCUUUACACACUAUGGCAGAGAUUAAAGCGUCAGCUCUUGGACCAUACCGCGGAUCAACAACUCAGCCUUCCACUGUCAAAUCACCCGGCAGCUCAAUUAUCCCUGCAUCAUCUGCGACGCCCCAUGGUAUCAAUGAUAUUCUUAGUCGACCGACAAUGACAUCACCUCCUACCUUAGGAGCUUUGGGAGCAACAUUGCCAAGAUUCAGCCUAGGUGUUGGACCCGGAAUGUACUUCUCCCCAGCUAAUCCUGGUCUGCAUAAACUUGGACUAGGAGAUAUACCAGGAAGACCUUCACACGUCUACUGGCCUACUGUAAAUCCUUUGUGGAGAGAUCGACUGGCAGCUCCUCAAGUAUCUGCUCAAGGCUGUACUGACAAAGAUGGUAAAAAAAAGCAUACAAGACCUACAUUUUCUGGCCACCAGAUUUAUGUUCUGGAGAAAACAUUCGAGCAAACUAAAUACCUUGCUGGACCGGAAAGAGCCAAGCUUGCCUAUGCCUUGGGAAUGUCCGAAAGCCAAGUAAAAGUAUGGUUCCAGAAUAGAAGAACAAAAUGGAGAAAGAAACACGCAGCAGAAAUGGCCAGCGCAAAACGAAAACACGAUUCAGAAGCUGAACACUUUAGGCACGAGGAUAUAUCUGAUCGAAACGACACCAAGCGCCUCAAACUGAAUGUUCUAAGAUCUAACUGUAGACACGACGAUUCAUCGGAGAGCAUACUUUGACAUCGUAGACCAUCUGUAAAUACGUCUUUUCAUGUCAGCAACUCAACAGCUAUUCCAAAACUAAGUUCCAUUUAUGUCAUCACUAAGGAUUCUACAUUAAAGCAGAAUUCACCAGAAUACUAGCUUCUCCAUUGUUUGAUGUCUUCCAAUUCAUUAAAAUCCAAGAACUUCUACAUGAAUUGGAAAAUAGAUAGAAAAAUUAUUAAAAUACUCAUCAAAGAAACAUAAAGACUAGUCGUGGAAUUUAUAUUCAUUGAGAUGUAGCAAAAACGUUGUCUGAUUGAUUUCGUGUGAAGUUUCUAAAACUAUUUUGAAAGACUUUACUCAGCUCUGUCUUUGUACUUUCGCAAUUACAGAUUGUGACGCAAGUUCACAUGAUAAAAUUGUUCCUAUUCACAUGAUUUUUGUUCGUCUCACUAAUGUUGAGUGCAAUUUUAUGUGACACCUUUAGAUAAUGAAUUCUAUAUUUGCAAUCUAAAUUUUAAUCUACGAGAAAGGAUAUUGUAUGUAUGCAGAUGUCUGAUAAACA